AGCCCCGCGAGUGUCGUCACUUCCGUCAAUUGUGAACAUGGAGUCGAACGGAUUGAAGCUGAAUUUUUGGGAGAAUGGACCGAGCCCCGGUCAGUUUUAUUCAUUCCCAGGUAGCAGCAGCAGUACGGCACCCGGAUGUGGACCCAUUAAACACACACUCAAUCCCAUGGUAACAGGCACAUCAGUGCUUGGUGUGAAGUUUACUGGUGGUGUAAUCAUUGCCGCUGACAUGCUUGGCUCUUAUGGUUCCCUGGCACGUUUCCGCAACAUCUCCCGUUUGAUGAAAGUCAACAACAACACCAUACUAGGAGCCUCAGGAGACUAUGCUGACUACCAGUACCUUAAACAGAUUAUUGAGCAGAUGGUGAUUGACGAAGAGCUUCUUGGAGAUGGACACACUUACACUCCCAAAGCAAUUCACUCUUGGCUCACACGAGUCAUGUACAACCGUCGGAGUAAGAUGAACCCGUUGUGGAACACAGUGGUCAUUGGUGGAUUUAACAAUGGCGAGGGUUUUCUCGGUUAUGUGGACAAGUUGGGAGUUGCAUAUGAAGCCCCAUCAAUAGCAACAGGAUUUGGUGCCUAUUUGGCUCAGCCUUUAAUGAGGGAGGUAUUGGAGAACAAGGUAGAAAUUACUAAAGAUGAGGCACGAUCACUGAUAGAGCGAUGCCUUAAAGUUCUGUACUACCGGGAUGCUCGUUCUUACAACAGGCAUGAGAUUGCCAUUGUGACAGCUGAAGGCGUUGAGAUUAUCGGACCACUGUCAUCAGAAACAAACUGGGACAUUGCUCACCUGAUUAGUGGUUUUGAAUGAGCCAUUGAGUCUGCUGACCAUGUUUUGCCACAUCAUCUAAACACAUGCUCUUAGCACCACCCGAUCAUUAUAAUAUUGUCAUAAAUACAGUUAGAUUUGUUUUUCUCUCUUGUUAUACAUAAAUAAAUUUCAUAAACUUG